AUGAUAACAUUCAUAAUUUACAUUUUAUUAGAGAUCUUUUCAACGGCUAAAGAGAUAUAUGUUUAUAUAGAUGAAUAACAAACUAUUGAUACAUUUGAAGAAUUUGGUGUUAUUUUAGAUGCUAAUAUUACUUAUAGAUCAUAAAAUUUACACCUAUGUCAAAUAAUCAAAUAAAGAGUAAAUAAUCUAAUCGAAAACUAAAUACUUUUAGGACCAUAAAUUAAUGAAAGCGUUUUCAAUUAAUAUUAUAUUGAUGGUUCCUUAAAAUUAUAGGGUAAUUAUUAUUAUAUUGUAUCAAUGGUUCCAAUAAAUAAUGGAACUAUAAUUUUAUUAAGUAAUGGAAUUCUUACUUAUAUAUAUGAAAAUAAUAAUAACAUAUUCAAAAUUGAAUCAGAUUAUUCGAUAUUCAAUGUUCAAAAUCAAUUAAUAAUAGAUACUGUUUAUAUGUUUUAUUUAUCAACUACUCAUAAAAUAAUGAUUAUACUUAAUAAUUAAUUGAUAUAUGUAUAAUUAAAUAUAAAUCAAUCCAAUAUAUUUGGUCAGUAUACUAAUCAAAUUGAUGAAAAAAUCUUAAAUACUUAAAAUAUAGAGUUUAUUGAUGAUUACUUAUUCAUUGUAAGAUAGAAUUAAUUUACAAUCUAUUCUUUUAAACAAUAAGAUUUUGAAAAAAUUUAUAAUAAUAAUAAUAUCACUAUAAAUAUUAUUGACUUCAAAGUUAAGUAAGAAGAUGAUGAAUUUUAAAUAUUCUUUUUGCAUAGAUGGUAUGGUGUAAAAGUUUGUAUUUAUGAUCUUAAUUUACAGUUAUUUAAUGAAGUUUCAUCGUAUAAUGAUAUACCUAUGAAAGGAUAUAAAAUUGGAUUAUAUAAACAUAUUUUAAUGAUUGUUGAAGAAAAUAAUGAUGAAUCUAUUAUUAAUGAAUUACAUUAGUCAAAAAUAAACAAUAAAUGGACUCUAUCUAAUCAAUAUCAAAUAUAAAAUAUUAUUAAGGAUAUCAAAUUUACAGAGGAUUAUGCAAUCUUAAUUGGAAAUUAUGGACAUCAAAUUAUUUAUCAUUCUCUACCUAAUGCAGAUUAUUAAAUAUAGUAAUAAAUAGUUAUUCCUGGAUUACAACAAAUCUAUCUUCUAAGUUAAACAGAAUCUUAAAAUCAAUCAUUAAUAGGUAUUACUAAAAAUACCUAUUUCAUUUCUAAAUUUUAUAUGAUUCCUUAAAAGAUUAUUUGCUAAUACAACUAAGAAUUAAGUUCUAUUUAAUUCACAUAUUAUUAAAAUUCUACAUAAUGCUCUAAAUUAAAAUAAAAAAAAGAAGGUGAAUUGUGUCUUUACAUCUCAAAUUAUACCGUUUCUUAUAAAUAUCCUUUAAUUACUUCAAAAUAAAUAAUAUAUAUAUUGAAGGUUCUUGCUUUCAUUUUGGUAAUUAUAACAACCACAAUAUUUUUUAUACACCCAUAUAUUAGGAAAAAAAAAUAGAAGAAAGUUUAUUUAGAAAUUAAAAGUAAUUCAAGUAGUAAUGUUGGAACACCAGUUCAUAAUGAACAAAAUAUUUCUAUUAGAUAUUAGUAAUAGUCAACUAUAACUGGAAGUAUAUCAAUUUAAUAAUUUAAAUUGAGCAAUGAAAUUUCUCGUUGA